GACCGUCUUCCUUUCAGUAUGAACAUUCGGCGCUGAUUGAUCGCACCAUGCAUACGAACUACACAGUCACCGAUCGUCAUGACACACAGCACUUCCCUCUCAGACGCAUCGCAUCAAUCGCAAACGUCCCACCCAUCCAUCUAACCACCCAUCCAUCCAUCCUCUCUCUGGCCACAAGUGCAUAACCGCCACUCGUUCAAAUGAACAGACACGCGUAGCUUAGCUGGCGAAGCGCUUCAUCCACCGUGAGUCACCCACCAGUAUUUUGCUAACACGAAUGUAUGAAAGCAAAUCGGUACGUACAUGGCUCACGUCAAGUCAAGUCACGCCACUGACGGCAUAUCUCUACACAUCUUCCUGAGGUCAGUAGGCAUCACCCUUUCACCCUCCCUCGCCCGCACACGGCUCAUCACACUCUCCACACCCACACCACUGCCCAUCUCACCCACCCAGUGGGCGACCAUCUCCCUCUGCGUGGCCUCACUGGGCAUUCCAUCCAUCCCUAUCCACCUCUCCAGCCGCCCCGCACGCACCACAGACUCUUCCAGCAUCGAGGGCGGCACCUGCGACGUCCCCACCACGCCGUACGCCGUUGAGUGGGAUCCAUCUUUCGUCUGAUCUGUGUCUGUGUCGAUGCCGUCCAGUGCCAGCAGCAGGGUGGUGAGCAGCCGCCGCUCGCCGGCGUACUCGUCGGUGUCUGCGUCUCGCUCCCUCUUGAAUGCGAUGGUCUCCAGCCCUUCUAACACCAACACACACGGCGACGAGCGAGCAGCCUGAUGGAAACCGAGAACAGAUUAGUGUGUCCAUGGGUGUCAGGUCCAGAAUACCUGCAUGCAAUGCGCACCUGUGCGAACCACCUCCGCAGCUUUCGCUCGCUGUCGCCUACGUAGGGGCCGAAAACCUCGGUCAUCGGGGCGAAGAGCACACGGACGGCGGGGUAAUGCUCCUGGGCGAGUGCGCGAAGGAUAUGUGUCUUGCCCACACCCGAUGGACCGUGCAGCAGCACACGGGGCGGCCGGGUGACGCCGUACUCGCGAUACAACCUCUGCAAAAUGAAGACGACGCCAUGCAUUGGUUUCUCGUGCAGUGCAGUCUGGCCGGCUGGCUGACUUGCUGCCACUUACUUACCGGGUUGGUGAACCAUGCGAACACCGACUCGUCGAGCUCCCUCAUGACAGCCUGGUAGGCCUCGCCCACCACCUCCAGCCCCGAAGCCGUGUCCCCUCCCUCCACAUCACCAGCCGCCCUCCGCCGCUCGCGUGGAUGCCUCAGCCGCCGAUCCAGCAACGCCCAUGACACAGCCGAGGGGGCGCCCUGUGCGAGAGAGAGGCGCUUCAUGUAGGGCGUUGGGUCGACGGAUGUGGGCAGCUGGGAGAGGAGGGAAUGAGUGUCCGUGUGGCUGUGGGGGGAGGGCUGGUGUGCCAUGAGGGUGCGGCGGUGCCGCCAUGUCAGGUGCAGGGAGGGGGAGGCGAAUGGGGGCACAUCUGAGCACACGGACAGACAACAAAUGACAAACAAUGGUGUCAUCUUCUUGUGUUUGGUCGUCCCGGCCCUGACCUUGAUGGAACCACUUGCUGACGACGGAUGGGAUCCACUUGGUGCUUUCACAUACCCCCACCACCCGCCCGCCUCCUUUGACAAAAUCCUUCAGCACCGUCAUGCACUCAUCGAGCGUCCGGGUCGACCCCUCCUGCGCCCCUCCGCGAGGCACAACCGCAUCAAGACCCACCACCACCAGAAAAGGCGGGCUCGGCAUAUCCCUCUUCUCUCUCGUACGCCAAAGGUACUCGACAAAGUCCCGCAAGAGUAUGCCGAUCGGUGUCUGGACGUAGGGCGGCAGUCGCCCUUCGAUAGUCACGGUGCCGGCUGCUGCUGCUGCUGCUGUGUCUGCGGGGCUCUCUUCAUCUUGUCCUUUUGGCUCCUCUUGUGGACUGACGUACCGCCCUCCCUGCAGAUGGAAGGCCACGUGCAGUGGAAUCCAGCCGAACGAGGGAUUGGUGGCCGUAUCAGCAAGAUGAAAACAGUCAGCAAAGGACGAGGGCGGCUGCGGCCGUUGGGCACACGCGAUGACACCCCUGAGGGCCUGGAUGAAGAGCGUGGUCUCUCUGCCGGCCGCCAGCCCCUCCACCAGUAUCCUGGACUGCACCUGUACCGGGGAUAGCUGCCCCUGCUGCGUGAGAUGGAUGUGCCGGAGCAGCUCGGUGGCAUCCAUGGCAGAUGCAGGCUGGUCCUCUGUGCCAGCAAAGCCCUCAAGCCCCUCAAUGUCGUCCAACACAGCCUCCCACGGGGGCCGUACCGCUGCGUCGAGGGAUGAGCUUCUUGGAAGCAUCGCCUUCGUCGCGUCAGUAGCCAGUCGCCAGAUGAGCCCUGUCAGCGGCAAAGAUGGCGACGGGCGCACGGCUGGGUUGGCGAAAGCGCAGAUCGAUGGCUGUUGCACCAGCAGCUGCGACGGACUGAUCGGGUUCUCGUCAGAUCGUGGCAAUGUGGGAGCUUGAAGAACGCGAAACACGGCUGUUUGGCCCACGAGAGUCAGUGGCAAGAGGCAGCCCUCCUGCAGCAUCAGCCGCAGCCUCAACUGCAGCUGUCGGAUGAUAAUGGCAUCCAGGUCAACAUCGCCGAGCGUCCUGACGGCCUCGAUGGUCGAAUAGGCAGAUGAGAGAGGGAACAAAGGGCCUUCAAGCACCAGACAUGCAUCACUGUCAAGUGCAGCUGCAUCGCCAGGCUGCUCCACCACCGUUGCUUGGCCGCUGGAUAGCUUUGGGAAGGCUUCGGUGAGCCAUCGAGGGAUGCAGAUGCUGCCAUCAGAGAUCUCUUCGCAGGGCAGUGCUCGGAAGAUGGCAUCGGAUGAGUCGAAGGCCCUGAGGGAGAGCCUCACCAGCGUUGUCGUGGGUGAUGGUGCGUUGCCGAAUGCCGGAGAUACGAGGGCAGCAUCGACAGGGAAAGAGGAGUUCUCAUGUGUCAGGACGUCAAGGGAAAAAGAUCCUUCAGAAUCAGUACGCUGCGGAUGAAGAUCUGGUGAUGUGUAUUGCGCGCACGUGUCAUCCGCCAU